AUGUCUAUUGAAAAUGCAUGUACUUCUAUAGAAGAAUAUUCAUUUGAUUGGGUUAAUCAACAUACUGCAAUUAUCAAAGACGAAGAAUUUAGUUUAUCUUGUAAAGCAUCAAAUUUAACAAAAAAUCGAUAUAAAAAUGUAUUAGCAAAUAAUAGAAGUAUUGUACCAUUAAAAUCAGGAGAUUAUAUAAAUGCUAAUUAUGUUUUUGGAGGAAGAUAUAUUUCAUGUCAAGCACCAUUAACAACAACCAUAGAAGAUUUUUAUAAUAUGGUUUGGGAACAAGAAACACCAAUUAUUAUUAUGUUAACAAAAUAUGAAGAAAAAGAUAGAAUUAAAGCUACAAGGUAUUUUCCAGAAAAUGGAAUAGAACAAAAAUAUGGGAAAUUUAAUAUCAAAGUAGGAUCAAUUCUUUAUAAUGAUUUACAAACAAUUAAAAGAAUGGAAACACAAGUUAGAGAAAUAAUUAUUGAAAAUCAAAUAGAAAAAAGUAAAAGAAGUAUUAUUCAUAUACAUUAUACAGGAUGGCCUGAUUUUGGAGUACCUAGUAAUAUCAAACAAAUUACUGAUAUGCUUUUUAUUAGUUUAGUUUGUAGAGGAAAAAUCAAAGGAAUUAAAUUAAAUGGACCACCAAUUAUUCAUUGUUCUGCAGGAUUAGGAAGAAGUGGAACAUUUAUAAUAUUAUUUAGAAUUUAUGAACAUCAUUUUUAUUCAACAUUAAAAGGAAGAAUAGAUUUCAGUCAAUGUAAUAAUAAUACAUUAAUUGAUAUUAAAUUAGAAAAACAAAUUAAUGAUAUAAAAAAAGCAUUAAAUGAAUAUGAAAUAAAAAAACUUGUUGCAGAAAUUGUUAUUUCAUUAAGAAAUGAAAGAAAAGGAAUAGUUCAAAGUGAAGAACAAUAUAAUUUUAUUAUUCAAUUAUUAAAUGAAUUUUAUACUGAAAUUUAUCCAUUUAUUCCAAGUAAUAAAUCACAUGUUAUUGAUCAAGUUGAACAAUUUUUAAGUCCAACACUUAGAACUAAUUUAAAACAAUUUAUAAAACCUUUAAUUAAAAAUUAA